GUAAAUGAAUGCAUGAGUCAUGACUGACUGUUCCCCGUUAACGCGAUUAAACACAGGUACCUGUAGCUGGCGCUUGGGAAUCUUGGAAAAGUAGUCACCUUUUUGCGCACCGAGAUUGUGCUUCGGCGCUUGCUGGAGUCAGUUGAGCGCAUAACACACUGGCAUUAAGAGAAUAAUUUAAUUACUAACUUUAACAUGCUCGAUAAAAUUAAUUGUAGCAGCGAUAACUGCUCGAAUGCGCAAGAGACUUUAUCCGAGGGAUACUUUGCGCUCGUGAAAGCUGCAGUUCUGGGCUCAAUUUUCUUGCUGGCAGCACUUAGCAAUUUAUUCCUACUGCAUACCCUCUGGAAGAAGAGGAAAAGACACACUCGAACCCAAUUGUUUCUCCUGCACCUGUGUCUGGCUGACCUGGUGGUCGCUUUUUUCCAAGUGCUACCGCAGCUCUCCAUGGAGAUUACGCAGCGAUUCAGAGGCUCUGAUUUGGUGUGUAGAUCAGUGAAAUACCUUCAGGUGGUGGGCAUGUUCGCAUCCACGUACAUGAUAGUGGCUAUGACCAUAGAUCGCUAUCAUGCAGUCUGCAAACCCAUGGUAUCGUUUUUAGCAGGGUCUUUCCGAAGAUAUGUUGCCAUAAGCGCAACGUGGAUCAUCUCAUUUGCGUUUAGCGCGCCACAGAUGUUCAUCUUUUCUCUCCGGGAAGUUGAGAAAGACGUUUACGACUGUUGGGCUACAUUUAUCGAACCAUGGGGAGGCAGAAUAUAUAUAACCUGGAUUUCACUGUCUGUGUUUGUCCUGCCAGCCGUAAUCCUGAUGUACUGUCAGAUAAAAAUAUGCGCUGGGAUUUAUUUCAACAUGAAGAGGAAAAGCUUGCAGGGAAGCACAGGUGAUGGGCGCUCCAGUACUAAAGGGAUAUCCAGUGCUAUGUUGAAGACUGUCAAAAUGACAUUUGUUAUCAUCCUGGUUUACACCCUCUGCUGGAGCCCGUUUUUUGUUGUCCAGCUGUGGUCAGCAUGGAGUCCCAAUAGUGCACCCACACAAGGGCCAGUGUUUGUUACUAUAAUGCUGCUCGCCAGUCUUAACAGCUGCACAAACCCGUGGAUUUAUCUGUACUACAGCUAAGACCUGCACAGACAUCAAACGUUCACUCAACUGCGGUUAUCAACAGCUGAGAAGCUUACAUGCAUUUGACCAGGGCUUUUAUCUUAACUAACCAACAGUGCAUCUGAUUAUUCAGUAUUUGAAUAUAGUUUCUGUGCUCAUUACAGACUUAAAUACCAUUUGUACAGCUACAGAUUGAUAAAGAUAAGGUUUCUUUUCACUGUUGCACAAAUUGUUGUAAGAGGGCAGAAUAAGGUUAGGAGUUUUUGUUUUACAGCUCUUUUGUGUCGUAAUUAAGUUUUUUGACCCUAUGCUGAGCAUUUUAUGACUUAUUUAACAGUAUUGUAUUUGAAAAACUUGUGCUUAUUGACUCUCUCUCUCUCUCUCUCUCUCUCUCUCAGGAGCAUCAAAGUUUAAUUUCAAUCAUUGAUUUCACUAUAAAUUCAGUCUUUGAUAUGACCUUAUACUCAGUCAUUAAAAAUAUCAAGGUUAUAAUUUUUGCUGAAUAUUCUUUAACGUGAUUUUAUGUAGAAAACAGCAAAUCACAAAAAAUUACUUGGGUAUUCACAGACGUGUGAAUGGGAACAUCAUUAUAUAGUACAUCCUUAUAAAGAACCAUUCAUCAUCAUGUCACGCUGCCACAAUGUUCAUUGCCCUCUGUAAUUUAGGAUUGACCUGUGGCAAAUGCAAUUGAUUUAAUGUUAAUAAAUGCAUGUUCCCAUUGAAAUAAAAAUGCAAAUACGCUGUACUAAAGCUUCUAAGGGUUUAAAAUUCCCAAUGUGAUGUUUCCAAUAGUUAUUGUGUCAUGCCGUUUUUUACUGUGAAAGUGAGUGUUAACAUUAUGCUGUCAGGGUUUUUGUGUUUCAUUCAUUUCUGUUCAUUGUUAAUCAUCUUGUUUAGUUCAUUUGUUAUCUCAUUUUAUCAUUAUCAGUCACACCUGUGUGUUCUAUUAUAGUUAAGUUUUACACCUGUGUUUAAUUAGUCACCUACCCUUUAUAUUCUGCCCUCAUGUGUCCUUGUCAGUCGUUAAAUGAAUGUCUAUGUGUCACAGUUCC